CCGAGGGGCCGGAGCGCGGCGCAGCCAUGCAGUACCCGCACCCCGGGCCGGCGACGGCGGCGGGCGCCGUAGGGGUGCCGCUGUACGCGCCCACGCCGCUGCUGCAGCCAGCCCAUCCGACGCCGUUCUACAUCGAGGACAUCCUGGGUCGCGGGCCCGCCGCGCCCACCCCCACGCCCACGCUGCCGUCCCCCAACUCCUCCUUCACCAGCCUCGUGUCCUCCUACCGGGCCCCGGUGUACGAGCCCACGCCGAUCCACCCCGCCUUCUCGCACCACUCCGCCGCCGCGCUGGCCGCCGCCUACGGACCCGGCGGCUUCGGGGGCCCUCUGUACCCCUUCCCGCGAUCGGUGAACGACUACACGCACGCCCUGCUCCGCCACGACCCCCUGGGCAAACCCCUGCUCUGGAGCCCUUUCCUGCAGAGGCCUCUGCAUAAAAGGAAAGGCGGCCAGGUGAGGUUCUCCAACGACCAGACCAUCGAGCUGGAGAAGAAGUUUGAGACCCAGAAAUACCUCUCCCCGCCCGAGAGGAAGCGGCUGGCCAAGAUGCUGCAGCUUAGCGAGAGGCAGGUCAAAACCUGGUUUCAGAAUCGACGGGCUAAAUGGAGAAGACUAAAACAGGAGAACCCUCAAAACAAUAAAAAAGAAGAACUGGAAAGUUUGGACAAUUCUUGCGACCAGAGGCAAGACUUGCCUAGUGAACAGAAUAAAGGUGCUUUGGAUAGCUCUCAGUGUUCACCCUCCCCUGUCUCCCAGGAAGACCUUGAAUCAGAGAUUUCAGAGGAUUCUGAUCAGGAAGUGGACAUUGAGGGCGAUAAAGGCUAUUUUAAUGCUGGAUGAUGACCACUGACAUUGGUGUGUUCGGAAAACUGGGAUUUGCUACAGGAAAUCUCCUUGGAUGAACCUGAAAACUAUAUGAGAGAGAGAAUCAAUUUUCUGGUAUUCUGGAAAUCUCUAAAAUAUUUGGUGCACUGACUAAAUAACAAACUCACAUGGAAACCUUAAUUUUGACUUAAAUAGUUUGUAUACUGAUUUUAGAUUGAAUGAUUUACUCGUCCCUGAUUAAAUUCACCCCCUUUUUAAAAAAAAAAAUUGUUUUUUCUAUUUAUAAAAAGUAAUUUUGAACUUUUUGGUUAAAUUUUUAAGUUAUAACUUUAAAGAUUUUAAUAGGAGCUUCUUGAAUGGCUUUUCUAUAAUCGGUUUCUACAUCCUAGUGAAAGGAGAAGCAAAGGAGCACCCCAGAUCCAGAGGUAUGCCUUGGAAAGGGGGCCCCCAAUUCAGGCAGCCUUGGAAUAUUUUAAAGAAAAUGUUACUUACACAUUACAUUCUUAUAGUAUUGCCUUAAAUCCAAAGCUAUCUCUGAGUUCUUGUCUCGGGGAUGUAUGUAUCUUUUUUCAUAAAGAUAUACAUAGUUGUUAAUCCUUAAAUGCUUGUUUUGCCCUAUCACUUAGUACCUGUUUGAAGUGUUAAGGGGAUAGUACAGUCCAGUUCAAGCAGAGAAACUGACUCAUCAGUGACUAAAUUUAAUCACAGAUGAACUAGAAGUAGCAGGUUAAUUAAAUGUAAGUAGAUUGUAGAUAUGUUUUAUAUUAAACAAUGUUUAUAAUGUGUGUAUAUAUAAUUGUUAACUGUAAAAAAAAAUGGCCAAAAUGUGUUUUUAAAAAAAAAAAAAUGAGUAACUUGUCUAUAAAAUAAAUAUGUUGGCAGGACGACUGA